UGUUUGUUCCGGUAAAAUUUUAGGUUAUGUAUCCAUCGAUUUUAAACUUCAAAGUCCAAGCAAAAUCGUUUAUAAGAUGAAUUAUUAACUAGCUACUACAUGUUAUGUAAACAAACCAUUGACAAGAAGAUUAGCUCAAGUAGUUAUGAUAAUCAAACAUAAUGGAAAAUAAGUGUAUUGUAGAAGUUCACCCUCUAACAAACGACCCCACAGCCGCUUGGAAAGUAAUUUCCAAACAGCAAAAGUUGUUGAAACUGAACGUUAAAAUGCCAACGAAGCCGGUGGAGCCCGACAAAGUGCGAUUCGUCUGCAUGAGCGACACCCACUCUCUAAUUCGAAACAUCACGUACGGUAUACCGGACGGAGAUGUUUUCAUUCAUGCCGGAGACUUUACGAAAUGCGGACAAAAAGAUGAGGUUACGCAGUUCAACGAUUGGUUGGGCACGUUACCGCACAAACAUAAAAUAGCGAUAGCCGGCAAUCACGAAUUGAGUUUCGAUAAAAAAUUCCAGCAGGCUUUUAAAUGCACGACAAGCAGACGAGGCAGAAGAGAAAGCCCCACUGAAAUAGACGAAGUCCAAAAUUACGGAAACUCUAAAGAUGAUAUAAUAGAAGCUGUUAAUACUGAUAGCAUUGGAAAUUACCUCACAAAUUGCACAUAUUUAGAAGACUGUGGAAUUGAAUUGUACGGAAUUAAGUUAUACGGAUCUCCUUGGCAACCUGAAUUUGGUAAUUGGGCGUUUAAUUUGAAGAGAGGUGAAGAAUGUCUUUCGAAAUGGAAUAAUAUACCUAACGAUACUGAAAUUUUAAUAACGCAUACUCCCCCGUUAGGUCACGGUGAUUUAGUAUGUUCUGGUAUUAGAGCCGGCUGCGUUGAGCUCUUAAACACAGUACAGCAACGUGUACAGCCUAAAUAUCACAUUUUUGGGCACAUACAUGAAGGAUAUGGAGUAACUUCAGAUGGUAAAAUUAUAUUCGUAAACGCUUCUACUUGCGAUAUUAACUAUAUUCCUAAUAAUUUACCUAUAGUUUUCGAUGUACCCCUUAAAAAAGGUUACACAAAGAAUUAAAUGGUUUUUAUAAUACAAUCGUAAAUUUUAUUGAGGUGCUUAAAAAUAUUAAACACAUCUAACUCUGUUCCUACUAAAUCCGUUACGGCAGAUCUCCGAUCUUGCUAAUUGCUCAUUGUUUCGUGUAGGUUGUUUUGCACAUAGUGAACUUUGUAGAGCAACGGUUCAAUGUUGCGGUGGUGCUGUUUCUUCGAAACGUGAGCUUUUUUUAUUGUUGAAAAACUUGUUAAUGUUUGACGUUCGAUAGUGAGAUUAGGAAUUUUCCACUUUCUUUUCGUGCUUUCCUCCCAGAAUGUCCUUGCUGACUUCUUGCAGGUCGAUUUUUUGCUCCUUCAUGGCUUU